AUGUCGCACGGCGCCAGGCAGCAAGCGACUGGGCUUCUGUGAGUAUUUACUGUAUUUUGUGUUGGUGCGUUUUCAAGUUGCCAAAUCCCAAACUAUCAAUAUUAAAGGUCUUCCGGGGUUUGGGAUGGCAGAGGUGAGAAAGAAAACCUUUUACUUUUCAAAUCUGGGUUUGAAAGCGCCAGGUGGGAAGGCGGCGCCUUCGUUUGUUCAGCUAUCAAAGAGAUCAUUUUUAUUACCGUAUUUUUUGCUCUAGAAGACGCACCAGACCACGAGACGCACCUAGUUUUUGGAGGAGGAAAACAAGAAAAAAAAUAUUCUGAAUCUCAGAAGCCAGAACAGCAAGAGGGAUCGCUGCGCAGCGAAAGCAGCAAUCCCUCUUGCUGUUCUGGCUUCUGGGAUAGCUGCGCAGCCUGCAUUCGCUCCAUAAGACGCACACACAUUUCCCCUUAUUUUUUAGGAGGGAAAAAGUGAGUCUUGUAGAGCAAAAAAUAUGGUAAUUCUUUUGGGUUGACAAAUCAACAGAGUCUUUUAGGAAAAUAAACAAACAGAAGCUUCCCUUUAUGGAUGGUAAAUUUGCAGUUCCGUGUAACCUUUUCCGCGUGCGUGGGGUUUUUUUGGUUUCAGGAACGCCGCGGGGAAAACCCAGCCGGGGAGUUUCCUAGUGUCAAUCAAGCAAGAGAAAAGCGAAGUCCCUCGUCUGAUCGCAGAGAAGCCCCAUGGCGAAGAAGAGGUGAGACUCUUGGUGCGUCUAUAUGUCGGGGCUAUGAGAUUUUUCCCCACCCCAGACCUGCUUGGGAUCUUGGCAUCCGGGGGCUACCGAUUUUUUGUCCCCAGAGACCCUGCCUCGCUGCCGUUGUUGCCAACUUUUGCUGCACCUCUGCGCGACCGGGUCGUGAUAUUGAUGUGAAGGAACAGGGGGUGGUUGUGGUGGAGUCUCGCCUUAAACAAACAAAAAAAUUCAUUAUAAUUUUUCAAGCACUUAAAGGUAAAGGUAAAGUGACCCCUGACUGUUAAGUCCAGUUGCGGAUGACUCUGGGGUUGCGGUGCUCUUCUCGCUUUACUGGCUGAGGGAGCCGGCGUACAGCUUCCGGGUCAUGUGGCCGGCAGGACUAAGCCGCUUCUGGCGAACCAGAGCAGCGCACGGAAACACCGUUUACCUUCCUGCCGGAGCCGUACCUAUUUAUCUACUUGCACUUUGACGUGCUUUCGAACUGCUAGGUUGGCAGGAGCAGGGACCGAGCAACGGGAGCUCACUCCGUCACGGGGAUUCGAACCUCCGACCUUCUGAUCGGCAAGUCCUAGGCUCUGUGGUUUAACCCACAGCGCCACCCGCAUCCCCUAAGAAUCUAUGUACUGUACUAUGAAUAAGACAGUAUUGUAGAUGAUAAAAAUCAAAAUCAUUAUGUUUUCCUUACCUGCACCGAUGAUAGUCAUUGUUUGGAGGGGGGGCUUUCAUCCGUUUCUGCAGCCACACAAUCCAUCAGUAACUGAACUGGGUUCCAAACAAUCACAAAAACAAAUGAUCCAAAAAAAGCCUCAAAAACAAAAAUGCAAAAUAAAUAGCAAAAACCAAAGCGCCAAACUUAAUCCGUUCCGGAAGUCCGUUUGACUUGCGAAAUGUUCGGAAACCAAGGUUUGGUGCAGGCGCCCCGGAAACAAUAGCCGACAGCCGCAUCGGACGUCCGGCUUCCAAAAAACAUUUGCAAACCAGAACGCUUCCGUGUUUUUGGCGUUUGGGAACCAAGGUGUUUGAGAACCAAGGUAUCACUGUAUUCUUUCAACUUAAAAGGUUCCAGUCCUCUUUAGUUGGGACCUUGCUUACUUUCCAUUUUGGGAGCUAACAAAACACUUUGGGGCCACAUAAAUAGAUUCCAACUAAACUUUCUGGCAGCAAGUCCGCCUUUGCUGGAGGUUUUCCAACAGAGGUCGGAUCCCCACCUGUCAAGAAUUAUUUUGCAGCUUUGCAGGGCAGCUUUUAAGGUUUCCCCUUCCAAGCAACGCUCUGAGCCCAUGAGGACUAGAAACCUGUGUUUGCUUUCUAAUGCAAGCCGGAACCCCCAGCUUGAUAUAAGCUCCAGCCAUGGGUGUUCAGCUACCUCCUGUUUUUCUCCUGAGUAGCCCGUGAAGAAGAGGGGAUGGCCGAAAGGCAAGAAGAGGAAGAAGAUUCUCCCGAACGGGCCAAAGGCCCCGGUGACAGGAUACGUCCGCUUCCUGAACGAACGGCGGGAGCUGAUUCGUAUGCAACACCCGGAUCUGCCGUUCCCGGAGAUCACAAAGAUGUUGGGCGCAGAAUGGAGCAAACUCCAGCCGGCAGAUAAACAGGUGAGAUUGGCUGAAUUUUCAUGGAGGAGAGUCAACAAUGGGUUUUAGCCACGAUGGCUCUGAUCUGCCUUCUCGGACGGAGGCGGCGAUGCCUGUAAUAAUAAUAAUAACAAUAAUAAUAAUAAUUUAUUCUUUAUACCCCGCCCAUCUGGCUGGGUUUCCCCAGCCACUCUGGGCGGCUUCCAACAAAACACUAAAAUACAAUAACCUAUUAAACAUUAAAAGCUUCCCUAAACAGGGCUGCCUUCAGAUGUCUUCUAAAAGUCAGGUAGUUGUUUAUUUCCUUUAAAUCUGGUGGGAGGGCGUUCCACAGGGCAGGUGCCACCACCAAGAAGGCCCUCUGCCUGGUUCCCUGUAACCUCGCUUUUCGCAGGGAGGGAACCGCCAGAAGGACCUCGGAGCUGGACCUCAGUGUCCGGGCAGAACGAUAGGGGUGGAGAUGAUCCUUUAGGGAUACUGGGCCGUUUAGGGCUUUCAAGGUCAGCACCAACACUUUGAAUUGUGCUCGGAAACGUCCUGGGAACCAAUGCAGAUCUCUCAGGACCGGUGUUAUAUGAUCCCGGCGGCUGCUUCCAGUCACCAGUCUAGCUGUGGCAUUCUGGAUUAAUUGCAGUUUUCGAGUCACCUUCAAAGGUAGCCCCACGUAGAGCGCAUGGCAGUAGUCCAAGCGGGAAAUAACCAGAGCAUGCACCACUCUGGCCAGACAGUCUGCGGGCAGGGAGGGUUUCAUCCUGCGCACCAGAUGGAGCUGCCCUGGACACAGAAUUCACCUGCGCCUCCAUGGACAGCUGUGGGUCCAAAAUGACUCCCAGGCUGCGCACUGGUCCUUCGGGGGCACAGUGACCCCAUUCAGGACCAGGGAGUCCCCCACACCCGCCUGCCCCCUGUCCCCCAAAAACAGUCCUUCUGUCUUGUCAGGAUUCAACCUCAACCUGUUAAACAGGCAGCCCUAUUUAGGGGAGUUUUUAAUGUUUGAUGUUUUGUUGUGUUUUUAAUAUUCUGUUGGGAGCCGCCCAGAGUGGCUUGAGAGGCCUGUCCAGAUGGGCAGGGUAUGAGGUUGUUGUUGUUAAUUAACCACCAAAUUCUGGGCACUGCAAGAGGGAAGAGGGCUGGGCUUAGCUGGGAGGGGGUUUGGUUGGGUGUACAGUGGUAAAGGGACCCCUGACCAUUAGGUCCAGUCGUGGCCGACUCUGGGGUUGCGGCGCUCAUCUCGCUUUACUGGCCGAGGGAGCCGGCGUACAGCUUCCGGGUCAUGUGGCCAGCAGGACUAAGCCGCUUCUGGCGAACCAGAGCAGCGCACGGAAACGCCGUUUACCUUCCCGCUGGAGCGGUACCUAUUGAUCUACUUGCACUUUGACGUGCUUUUGAACUGCUAGGUGGGCAGGAGCAGGGACCGAGCAACGGGAGAUCACCCCGUCAUUGCGGGGAUUCAAACCGCCGACCUUCUGAUCGGCAAGUCCUAGGCUCUGUGGUUUAACCCACAGCGCCACCCGUGUCCUGUGUACAGUGGUACCUCGGGUUAAAUACUUAAUUAAAUACUUAAUUCGUUCCGGAGGUCUGUUCUUAACCUGAAACUGUUAAAGAUGGUAAAGAUAAUACAGUAAUAAUAAUCUUAUUACAGUGGUACCUUGGGUUAAGUACUUAAUUCGUUCCAGAGGUCCGUUCUUAACCUGAAACUGUUCUUAACCUGAAGCACCACUUUAGCUAAUGGGGCCUCCUGCUGCCGCCAUGCGAUUUCUGUUCUCAUCCUGAAGCAAAGUUAUUAACCCAAGGUACAAUUUCUGGUUUAGCGGAGUCUGUAACCUGAAGCGUCUGUAACCCGAGGUACCACUGUAAAGGGCAGAGGGGUUUGCCAGCUGGAAAUAAGGCCAGAGGGGGCUUGAGGGUCGCAGAGGGGGGCUGACCCUUAUUCCUCCGUCGUUCCAGCGUUACCUGGAUGAAGCUGAGCGCGAGAAGCAGCAGUACAUGAAGGAACUGAGGGAAUAUCAGCAGUCCGAAGCCUACAAGAUGUGUGCCGAAAAGAUGCAGGAGAAAAAGAUCAAGAAAGGUGAGACGGUCGCUAGUAGGUUUGCCAGGAGUUUUGUAAGGCGAAUAAAAUUUGUCUAGAUAAAAAAUGGGAAAGCGGAAUAAUAAGAACGAGAUGCGUCCAGAUUAAUAAAUUGUAAAGCAACACAAUGAGAAGAGUUGGGAGUCAAACAUUUACGGUGUGUUCCACCGUGCGUAUGUAGGUAGGUAAUGUAUCUACUGUACAUAUUGUAUUGUAUUAAGUUUAUGUAAAUGGAUGUAUGAUAAAGAUUAUUUAAAAGAAAGAAAGAAACAGAAGGGGUGGCCUCCUUCACUGGGAGUUAUCGACCUUAUUAAACUUUUGGGGAAGAGGCAUUGUAAGAGCGACAGAUUUCCUGAUGUGUUCGCUCGUUUUCCUUUUCCCUCCUCCUCCCUCCUUUCCUUUUGUGUCGUGUCUUUUAGCUAGGAAGCACAGCACAAAUUGCUAAUUUAGCAGCCUGGGGUUGGGAAAGAGGGUGAGACUCAGGUUUGGGGGAUCUUGGCUAGAAUCCUGCCUAUGCUCCCCAAAUCAUUCUGUGUGCUCAGUUGAGUCACCAUCUCCCCACUCUCUGUUGACAUUAUUAUUGCUUUUUUAAAAAUACCUUUCAGAGGAUGCCGGUUCUGGAGUCGUGAACACGCUGCUGAACGGGUACAAGGUAAAUCAGGCUAUCAGACUUUGAGGAAAUGCCUCAGGCCUUCUUUUUAAGAAUUAAAUGUUGUUGUUUCUGUUAAAAACCAAUUUUCUUGCAUGCAAGCUUUGGAGAUUAGCAGAGUUCUUCAUCAGCCCAUGCCCCCAGACCUACCUUUUAAGAAUUUAAUUUUGUUGCUGUUGUUAUUAAAAGCACAUUUUCUUGCAUGCAAGCUUUGUAGAUUUGCAGAGUUCUUCAUCAGCCCAUUCCCCCUGAUCCUACCUUUUAAGAAUUUAAUUUUGUUGUUGUUGUUAUUAAAAACAAAAAUUUUUGUAUGCAAGCUUUGGAGAAUUGUCGAGUUCUUCCUCAGCCCAUCCCUCCCUCCAGAGCUUCCUUUUAAGAAUUUAACUUUGUUGUUGUUGUUAAAAGCGCAUUUUCUUGUAUGCAAGCUUUGGAGAUUUGCAGAGUUCUUCAUCAGUCCGGAGAAGCAUUCUGAAGCACUCCAAAGCUUGCCCACUGCCCACAUUUUGUUUGGCCAAAAUGAGGAUUUCCCUAAUUCAGAUUUUGGGAUUGUUCUUUACGGGCUAUCACUGCUGCUACAAGUUUGCUUUUACGUUUUUUAAAAUCAAUCCCAUCAGUUCAUCAUAAGGCCUUUACAGUGCACAGCCAGGUUAUAAAACAACGCUUUAUUCUGGGGAAAAACAUGACCUAUAAAAGUUUACAGCACGCAAUAAGGUUUUGAAAUUAAAAUUAGGAGGCUGGAACAUAGCCGGAACGGAGCUUCUUAGCUGAUAGAGCAAAUUUGGCUGCCGGAUGUGAAAAUAUUUUAUCAGACAGAAGUUCCAACGGUCACUUCCUGGGGGGAACGGCCCAAGAAACAGCUAAAAAUAGAUGAUUUAAAAAACAACAAUUCUCUGGGCAUUUUAUAUAAAGCAAGUAACACAUGAUAUCUUCAAGGUUAUGGGGCCUAGAUUGGUUGAUAGUGAUUUGGGGGUACCAAAUAGAAUAACGGGCACCUUUUUCCAUUUAUUUAAGAGUUGAAUGUUUUACCCCCUAUUUAUCCAUCUUAAGGGUUGGAGUCCAGGAAUGUGGAGGUUUUGUUUUCCGAAGGUGUUUUUCACGGGAAAAGGUCCUGAAACGCACAUUUCUGCACUGCGGGGAUUUAGAAAACGAUUUCCUAAGACUUUUUCCACCUGACUUCUGCCCCCAAAAAACAUGCACAACUCCCAAUUCAUCCCCAAAUUUUCCCUGGGAAAAUAAUGCAAAGUUUUCUAUUUGUUCUCUUGUUUCUGUUCACCUGUUUCCUUCUCAAUCAGCUGGGAGAGGGAGGCAGCGACGGAUUCUCAACAUUUGACGUCCCCAUAUUUACGGAGGAGUUCUUGGACCAGAAUAAAGGUAAUUUAAGGAACCGAGGGGCCGUCGUGGGCUUACAAAGUUCCUGGGUACCAGUGCCGGAUUUACGUAUAAGCUAAACAAGCUAUAGCGUAGGGCCCCACUCUCUUGGGGGCCCCAAAAAAAUUUAAAGGAAAAAAACAACUGGAUGUACAUUUCCAAAAUAUAAGAUAAAAAAGAAAUGAAAUAAAACCUGCGUACAGCAACAGUGUUUUGUGUUGUGCAGGCUCCUGUGAUGUAAGUCAUGGGCCCUGCCUGCUCCCUAAAAUAUUACUGUUUUGCUCCUUUCUAUAUAUAGGGUAGGGACGCGGGUGGCGCUGUGGGUUAAACCACAGAGCCUAGGGCUUGCCGAUCAGAAGGUCAGCGGUUCCAAUCCCCGCAAUGACGGGGUGAGCUCCCAUUGCUCGGUCCCUGCUCCUGCCAACCUAGCAGUUCGAAAGCACGUCAAAGUGCAAGUAGAUAAAUAGGUACCGCUCCUGUGGGAAGGUAAAUGGCGUUUCCGUGCGCUGCUCUGGUUCGCCAGAAGCGGCUUAGUCCUGCUGGCCACAUGACCCGGAAGCUGUACGCCGGCUCCCUCGGCCAGUAAAGCGAGAUGAGCGCCGCAACCCCAGAGUCGGCCACGACUGGACCUAGUGGUCAGGGGGUCCCUUUACCCUUUACUUGUUGAUAUACUUCUUGUAUUUCAGUUCAACAAUUGCUUUGAUAAAAGACCUAUUUUGUGAUGUGCAAAUGGCUUUAGAUACCUACUAGGUCCAUAAACGACCAUAUAGCAUAUAUUCAACACAAAAAGCAGCGACAAUUUGUUGCUGGCAAAGAACAGCUGGACAUAUAAAGGGCCCCACUACCUUCAGGAGCUGAGGGCCUCGCCAAACCUAAAUCCGGCCCUGAUCCUGACAUGCACAGGUGCCAACUCCCCUGGGUGCCCGUACACCCGCAAAAUUCCCCAUGCAGGGCACCCACAAAUUUCUUGUUCCAAUACUCUCCCUGUUAUGUACUGAAGUUCUCACCCUGGGCCAGCAGGGGGAUACUGUUGAUAGUUAUGCAAAUAAGGGAUCGAAAGUGACAUUCAGUGAUUGGAUAGUUUUAGAAAAUUGUUACAGUUACGUUGUACUGGAGCUCUAUAUAAGCAGGCAGACUGAACCCUUCAGUUCAGUUCUGUCCUGGCCUGUGAAUAAACGAGAGCUGUUUGAAGAAUCGCUGUGUCGUCUGAUAUGUUCACCCACAACUUAACACUCCCUGUGUUGUCCGUUUGUUUCUCCAGCCCGGGAAGCGGAGCUCCGGCGCCUGCGCAAGGUGAACACGGAGUUUGAGGAGCAGAACUCCAUCUUGCAGAAACACACAGAGAACAUGAGUUGCGCCAAAGAGCGCCUGGAGCAGGAACUGGCUUUGGAAGAGCGCCAGACCAUCGCCUUGCAGAAGCAGCUGCAGACAGUGCGCCAAGCCUUGACCGCCAGCUUUGCCAGCCUGCCAAUCCCAGGUGGGCGGCCCCCACCGGGCGGGACGUGGCUAAAUGAAUGAAUGAAUGAAUCUUUAUUUGCGUCAGCCGGCGGUCACAGCAGUAACACAACAAUACGCUAUACAAAGAAUAGAAAUAAAAAGUCAAUUAUGUACAAUUGGGACGCGGGUGGCGCUGUGGGUUAAACCGCAGAGCCUAGGACUUGCCGAUCAGAAAGUCGGCGGUUCGAAUCCCCGCAAUGACGGGGUGAGCUCCCGUUGCUCGGUCCCUGCUCCUGCCAACCUAGCAGUUCGAAAGCACGUCAAAGCCAGUAAAGCGAGAUGAGCACCGCAACCCCAGAGUCGUCCGCGACUGGACCUCAUCUCGCUUUAUUGGCCGAGGGAGCUGGCGUACAGCUUCUGGGUCAUGUAGCCAGCAUGACUAAACCGUUUCUGGAGAACCAGAGCAGCGCACGGAAAUGCCGUUUACCUUCCCGCCGGAGCGGUACCUAUUUAUCUACUUGCACUUUGACGUGCUUUCGAACUGCUAGGUGGGCAGGAGCAGGGACUGAGCAACGGGAGCUCACCCAGUCGUGGGGAUUCAAACCACUGACCUUUUGAUCAGAUAUAUAUCCACUCUGGGAUAUAUAUAAAUAAUAAUAGUGAUAUGGGCAGAUGGUCAGUUUGCAGAGUGCGAUGGAGGUCAGCGGAUAUCUGAUCGGUUUUUCUCCUCCAGGCACCGGGGAGACCCCUACAUUGAGCACCCUCGAUUUCUACAUGGCGAAGCUCCACAGCGCCAUCGAGAGCAAUCCGGUGCAGAACGAGAGGCUUGUGGUGCGGGUGAAGGAGAUUCUGUCUCGCAUCGCCAGGUGAGCCAUGCGCAGGACGCAGCCGUCACGAGCGGAGGGUUGGGAAGGGGGCUGCUAACUAAUCCAGAAUGUGGCAGCCAGACUGGGGACUGGGAGCGACCGCCGAGACCACAUAACCCUGGUCCUGAAAGACCUACAUUCGCUCCCAGGACGUUUCCAAGCACAAUUCAAAGUGUUGGUGCUGACCUUGAAAGCCCUAAAUGGCCCAGUAUACAUGAAGGAGCGUCUCCACCCCCAUCCUCCAGCCCGGACACUAAGGUCCAGCUCCAAGGGCCUUCUGGCGGUUCCCUCAUUGCGAGAAGUGAGGUUACAGGGAACCAGGCAGAGGGCCUUCUUGGUGGUGGCACCCUCCCUUCAGAUGUCAAGGAAAUAAAAAACUAUCUGACUUUCAGAAGACAUCUGAAGGUAGCCCUGUUUAGGGAAGUUUUAAAUGUUUGGUGUUUUAUUGUGUUUUUAAUAUUUUGUUGGGAGCCGCCCAGAGUGGCUGGGGAAACCCAGCCAGAUGGGUGGGGUAAAAAUAAUAAAUUAUGAUGCUGAUAUUGCUUAUCCCCCUGUCUCUUCUAGUGAACACUUGUGA